AAAGAAAAAAGGAAAAAUCAGAGCUGUUUUGAUGACUUUGGUCGCAAGUUAAAAAAAAAUGGAAAAGUAUUACUAUUGCCCCAAACCAGAAUCAAAGAGGUUAUAAAUACAUGUUUCACGCAAGAGUUUUCUCCACAAGUUCUUCUUCUCAUGGGAAAUUAUAAAGAUUGUUUGAAGACCAGAGCGAAUCUAAAGAAGCAUAAGAAACGUGUAGUUAAAGUUGAAAGAGUGACGAGGUUUACCGAUCUUCCACUAGACUUGGUUGGUGAUAAGAUACUCUCCAAGGUUCCGUUAACAUCUCUCCAAGCAGUGCGUUCCACUUGCAAGUUAUGGCACGCUUUAUCCAGAGAAUGGACCUUGAGUAACAACGCAUCAGAAUCAAAGCGGCACUUUUUGAGUUUCAUGACGAUGAGUUACAAGGUUUAUUCACUGAGAUUCCAGCUCCACGAAGACAAGUACAUGGAAGUUUAUCAAUCUACAAAUCAUAUGGAUAUAUUUAAUCAAGUCGAGAUAUCCAAAGUCUUUCACUGCGACGGCUUAUUGUUAUGCGUCCUCAAGGACAACUCGAGGCUCGCUGUGUGGAACCCUUAUUUGGGGCAAACAAGGUGGAUCGAAACUAGAAGAAAGUUUCACAAUUGCGACAGGUAUGCUCUCGGGUAUGACAAGAAGCGUAACCACAAGAUAUUGAGAUGUUUUGAUGAUUAUGACAUCAACAGAAGAAAACAUUCUUUCAUUGUCGAAAUCUACGACUUGAGGUCUCAUUCUUGGAGGGUUCUUGAUGUUACUUCGGACUGGACGAUAGAUUAUGAUGCUAACGGUGCGUCUUUGAAGGGAAAUACUUAUUUUUUUGCUCAAGAGGAGAUACCAAUUGGUGAUGGGGGUGGUAUAGUGGUAUCAGACCUUGAAGAUUUUCUAAUCUGUUUUGAUUUUACAAACGAGAGAUUUGGACCGCGUCUGCCUCUUCCGUUUCACUCUAGUUUACAAGAAGGCGUGACACUCUCUUGUGUUGGAGAAGAGCAGCUCUCGGUGCUAUAUGAACGGUUGUAUACAUUCGGGACAUUGGAGUUUUGGGUGAGUACUAAGAUUGAGCCCAGCACGGUUUCUUGGAGCAAGUUUUUGAAAGUGGAUAUGACAUCAUACGUUGGUUAUUUGUCUCACGUUGAGAGUUUUGUCAUUGACGAGGAGGAGAAAGUUGCAAUGGUUUUCGAUGGAGACAGAGACCAAAAACCCUCAAAGACCAAACCGUACUACAGGGCUUUGACCGUUGGAGAUGGAUACGUUGAAUAUGUUGGUGGUCUUAGAAAAAGUCCGACUGAGUCUCGUCCACCACUGGUGUGCUCGUCUUCUUAUCUCCCAAGCUUAGUGCAAAUCAACUAAGGAAAGAAAGAGAUGUUUGUUUCUUGC